GGGCGGGGAACAGUUGAGGUAUUUGCGUUUGUUUUUUCAUCUACCCUUGAUUUUCGGCUCAUUUCCUAUAAAAUGCAGGCACCUAGUACAUCUGGUGGCCGCCAGAAGAAAGGCACUGCUCCACGAUCUCCACGAGCACAAACGCCGGGACAGAAGAAGAAACGACGCUUCAAACCUGGAGCAGUCGCACUGCGGGAGAUUCGACAUUUCCAGAAGUCUGUUGGAUUUCUCAUUCCUGGCGCUCCUUUCAUCAGACUUGUAAGAGAGAUAAGCUAUGCUCUAGCCCCGUCUAUUGGUCGUUGGACACCCGAAGCUUUAAUGGCAAUACAGGAGGCAGCAGAGGAUUUUUUGGUUCAGCUGAUGGAAGAUGCAAUGUUAUGUGCAAUUCAUGCAAAGCGUGUCACUCUCAUGAAAAAGGAUUUUGAAUUGGCUCGUCGGCUUGGAGGAAAGGGGCAGCUUUGGUGACUGAGGCGCGGGAAACUUGACGGAAAUAUUUCAUACCGGUGAGCAUAAGAGAUGGAAGUAGCAACGUAGUUUCUGCGAGGAGUGAAACAUCUCUGCCCUCAAGCAAGGCGAGUCUUUCGAUCAUUAUUACUGUUCUCGGCAAGCUUGGUGUGGUGAUAAACCACGCCAAAAAAGAGUAGGGUAGAUGUGACAUGGCUGUAUUCUAGAGGCCUACUGUAGAGAUCAGAAUAUUGAUGAUUAGUUAUUGGUAGAGUUGCGAAGAUGACGGAGGUAUUGCUCUUGUAGACAACCCAGAACUCGUCGAUUUAACUGAAGCUAUUGUCACUUACGAUUUUUCUCAGUCUUAACAACAUCUGUUGCAGACUUA